AUGGAGCCACCACGGGGCCCCCCCGCCAACGGGGCUGAGCCGUCCCGGGCAGUGGGCACUGUCAAGGUGUACCUGCCCAACAAGCAACGCACAGUGGUGACUGUCCGGGAUGGCAUGAGUGUCUACGACUCUCUAGACAAGGCUCUCAAGGUGCGGGGUCUCAAUCAGGAUUGCUGCGUGGUCUACCGGCUCAUCAAAGGGCGAAAGACAGUCACUGCCUGGGACACAGCCAUUGCCCCCCUGGAUGGCGAGGAGCUCAUUGUUGAGGUCCUUGAAGACGUUCCACUGACUAUGCACAAUUUCGUACGGAAGACGUUCUUCAGCCUGGCCUUCUGUGACUUCUGUCUGAAGUUUCUGUUCCAUGGCUUCCGCUGCCAAACCUGUGGCUACAAGUUCCACCAGCAUUGUUCCUCUAAGGUCCCCACAGUCUGUGUUGACAUGAGUACCAACUGCCGACAGUACUACCACAGUAUCCAGGAUUUGUCCGGAGGCUACAGACAGCAUGAGGCUCCUUCCAACCGGCCUUUGAAUGAGCCGCUCACCCCUCAGGGUUCCAGCUCCAGCUCCCAGCACCGAGACCCUGAGCACUUCCCCUUUCCUGCCACGGCCAACGCCCCCCUGCAGCGCAUCCGCUCCACGUCUACUCCCAAUGUCCAUAUGGUCAGCACCACCACCCCCCUGGACUCCAGUCUCUUCCAGCUCGCUGCCCAGAGUUUCAACGCCGAUGCUGCUGGUAGUAGAGGUGGCAAUGAUGGAGUGCCCCGGGGGAGCCCCAGCCCGGCUAGUGUGCCCUCGGGGAGGAAGUCCCCACAUUCCAAGUCCCCAUCAGAACAGCGGGAAAGGAAGUCCGUGGGCGAUGACAAGAAGAAAGUGAAGAAUCUGGGGUACCGGGACUCGGGCUAUUACUGGGAGGUGCCACCCAGUGAGGUGCAGCUGCUGAAGAGGAUCGGGACGGGCUCGUUUGGCACCGUGUUUCGCGGGCGGUGGCAUGGCGAUGUGGCUGUGAAGGUGCUCAAGGUGGCCCAACCCACAGCUGAGCAGGCGCAGGCCUUCAAGAACGAGAUGCAGGUGCUCAGGAAGACACGUCAUGUCAACAUCUUGCUGUUCAUGGGCUUCAUGACUCGGCCGGGGUUCGCCAUCAUCACACAGUGGUGUGAGGGCUCCAGCCUCUACCACCACCUGCACGUGGCCGACACACGCUUCGACAUGGUCCAGCUCAUUGACGUGGCCCGGCAGACGGCCCAGGGCAUGGACUACCUCCAUGCCAAGAACAUCAUCCACCGGGAUCUCAAGUCUAACAGUAUCUAUCUGCCCCUGUGUCAGAGCUGA